AUGGACGCCCAAAAACAACAUAAUGUCAGUAAAAAUUCACCUAUAACUAACAAUUACCAGCAGCAAACUGUCACUCUUACUUCAUCAAACAAUCUGGCUUCUGCAAAUUCCCUAAAUUUUUCUCAGCAGUCUACCGCUUCAACUUUUCCAUUGUCGAACGAUAUUUUAUCAACUUCUAACGGUUCUGAUGAUAAUUCUUGUUCAGAGUCAGUAAUGAUGUCACCUUAUUCUAUUAUUCUAAAUUCCGGAGAGUUAACAAUGGAAGAUACUUACUAUGAAGAUGAGUUUUUCUUUGAACCUUUGGAAUCCCCGGCAUUAGUAGAUCCAUACAUCUAUUUGUCGCCUGCCCUAACCUCUUCAAUCUCUCAAUCGGAUCAAGCUAUGUGUUUAUCAGAUAGUCUGACAAGACGACGUAAUCAGAACAAUCAUCCUUAUUCUCCGUCGAACAAUCAAAAUAUAGAAAGAAAUAAUUCUUUUGAGCAAAUCCAGAUAAAAGAACCUACUAGUCACAGCGAUGAUAAUACUGAUCCUGAGAAUAACAACAUUACUAGUAACAUAAUACCAACUAUAAUGACAGGUUCACCUUCCAUACAACCAAAUUCGAGCAUGUCAUUAUCAUUACCUUCGACGAAUAUUAUGAUAACGUCAUCCAUAACUGCGCAGGAGCCUAUGCCAAACUUGUCCCUUGGUAGUAAUCUUGUAUCCGAAGUAGCGUCGACACAAUCUCCAUUCACUCUUCUACCUACUGCCACUUCUGAUAAUCAUUCUUUAUCUGACAAGAUUGCACCAAUAACACCAUCCUCAUUAAUGAAAUUGAAAGAGAAUUCCACUUCGUCCAGGCCUACUCAAGGCAUUCAAAAAAUUGACAAACAGCAACCAAUUACACAAAGUUCACGAAUGUCAAAUGAGAAACGUGAACCUUCCUUAAAACAACGAACUUCUAACAAAGAAUCUACUUUCAUAGUUCCACCUUCACGGACACAGUCAAGAUCUAUCCAACAUAUGUUAGUAGUAUCUCCAAACAUGUCACCAGUAUCACCAGGAACAAAUUCAAUGUUAAUGUCACCGCCUGGAAAAAGAAUUGUUCAUGCAAAUCAGUCCGUUUGCUCUCCAUCCGCUCUUAAUGCAUCAAAGAGUCCUCAAGCUUUGAAACCAACAAUAAGUCCAAGUUUAAAACCAAGGUUAUCAGGUGCAAUAACUGAUGACGCGGCAGAACAGUUAGCAAACAAGUCAAACUAUGUCAGUAUUUUAGAAGGCACGGCCAA